AUGGAACUCAAUGUUACAGAGCCAUCACGAUCAGCACCUCUGGACACAAACGUAGACCACCGAUCGCUUCUUCACGUUACUAGCUGGGUCUUGAUAAUCACCACAUUUCUUGUCGUAUCUACUCGGUGUGCAUCCCGAUGGGCAAUCUUGAGAAGGCUUGCGCUAGACGACUAUUGCAUCAUUCUAUCAACAGUGGGAAUUCCUAGCUUUGAAUAGCUUGGGACUAGCUAAUGAAUAUAGCUAUUCGCGAUAGGAACCACCGCGUCUUUGUCGGUUGGAGUUUCCAAUGGAUUGGGAAUGCUAGCCUGGGAACUUGGUACAAGAAGCCAGACCGAGAAAAUACAAAAGGUUCAUGCUGUAUCCACCCACAAAAGAAUAGUUCCUCGAUGCUGAUAGGUUGAAAGGCUGUAUAUUCUGCCAAUAUUCUUUUCGUCCUCAGCCAGGGUUUUGCUAAACUAUCUAUGGCAAUUUUCAUCCGCACUAUCACGCCCAAUGAGCUUCAUCGUUCUUUUGCCAUAUAUAUCUGCUUCGCCGUUACAGUAUGGAUGAUCAACGCGGUCUUUGGAUUAGUUUUUCAAUGUCACAUGCCAGCUGUUUGGAACUCUUUGGAGAACGUGUGCACAAAUCGUCUCGCUUUCUAUACAUUUGCAGAAGUAGCUAGUAUCGCGAUCGACUUUUGUCUCAUUGUUCUCCCGGUAACAAUUGCAUCGCAGUUGAAGAUGAACAUGAGGUCAAAAUUAGUUGUUAUAGGAUGUUUCGCGUCCCGUGGGUUGUAUGUAUCUUGUUAUUGACUCCUGAAAACGUAUAGUAUCUAACUAAUGUGCACUCAGGGUCAUUGCUGCUAUAAUAGUGCAAUUGGUUAUUAUGUAUCAUCAAAACGAAACGGGGGGCAUGUCCAUUUCUUGGUCUUCUGUUAUGUCUACCAUCGUGGCCCUAAAUAUUGGAAUAAUCUCUGCAUGCGUGCCAUAUCUCAAACCAUUUCUCCAGAGUCUCAAUUCUGGAAUGAUAGGCAACGAUGACAUACGGAGACGUGGUGGAGAUACAGCAGUACAGCAAUAUGCAUCAAAACCAAAAUCGUACUCAAUGAAGAAAAUGGCAAAUAUUCUCAGCAGUCGGACAGGCAAUUCUGCUGUAACCGAAGAAUCAUUCCCGGCAACUUUCAAAGGUCUUCCAUUGGAGAACAGUCCCAACGGAAAUGUCAAUGCAAACAAAGUUUUUGUCACCGCAAAUGGGGAUGAAUUGGCGAAUGAUUGGGAGAGAGGCAGUGAUUCUAGCAAGGUUAAUAUCAUUCGCCAAACAAGCACUUUUGCCGUUAAAACCGAGACAGUAACACCAUAG